AACACAGCACCAGCAUUCACCUGCAGCACGACUGGUCACUCUCUAUAAAGUAUAAACAAACGUGCCCCGCCUGCGCAGCCACCUCAGCACGCGCGCGAAUUCGGAGCAGCCGCCGCCGCCCGCCGCAGUCGUCGUCGUCGCCGCCGCCUCGCCGGAAAUGGUCAAGAACGCCAUCCAGUACGCCGUGGUGGACGCGUUCGCGGCCGAGCCGUUCAAGGGCAACCCCGCCGCCGUAUGCCUCCUGGAAGGGGAGGAUGCCGCGGCGGCGGCGGACGAGCGGUGGAUGCAGUCCGUCGCAGCCGAGUUCAACCUCUCCGAGACCGCCUUCCUCAUCCGCGACCCCUCCUCCUCCGCCGCCGCCGCCGACGCCGCCCCGCGGUUCCGCCUCCGCUGGUUCACCCCCGUCGCCGAGGUGAAUCUCUGCGGCCACGCGACGCUGGCAUCCGCCCACUUCCUCUUCACCACCGUCCUCGCGAAGCAGCAGCACGCCGCCGCCGCCAUGGUCGAGUUCGUGACGAGGUCCGGCAUCCUGACCGCCAAGAAGGUUCCUGCUCCGCCGCCUCCGGCGAACGAUGGCGGCGUCCCGGGUGAGGAGAAGCUGUUCAUCGAGCUGGAUUUCCCCAUGAUCGAUCUCGUGGAGUACGAUUCCGCGGAGACGCUGUCGAUUCCGGAGACUCUGAAUGGCGCCCGAGUCGUCAGUGUUUGGAAAUCAUCAACCGCCGGUGACCUCAUCGUGGAACUUUCUUCCGGAAAAGAGGUUGCUGAUAUUAUCCCUAACAUUAAUGAAAUUAAAAAAUGUGAUGGUAGAGGAGUUAUUGUUACGGGACCAGCACCUGCUGGAUCUGAUUAUGACUUCUUUUCACGAUUCUUCUGCCCAAAAUUUGGGAUAGAUGAGGUGAAAAACAUUGGCAUUGAUGCAGAGAUGACUGAUAUAAUCUCUCCAAAGAAUCAGAACCUCUUAAUACCUCAAGGAUCCUGUGUGUGGAAGCGCACAUUGUGUUCUGGCACCUUACUGGGGUGGAAAGCUGGGGAAACAAAAACUUACGGCGUUUCAGAUAAGUACAAACGGCACAAUACCAUGGUCGUCAGGCUUCGCCAAGGAGUGGAACAUUGUACUUGGAGCUGGACGGCGAGAACAGGAGAGUCCGGAUCCAGGGAGAAGCUGUCACUGUGAUGGCCGGGACUCUCUUGGCGUAGCAUCUCUCUCUGUCAGAGUGUCUGGCGAUCUGCUUGCUCUUGUAUGCUUGAGAGUUCAGCGGAGAAAUUGUUGUUGUUCGACGCGUACCGCGAACGAUUGUAAUUGAUGUUAUAUUUGGGAAUAAAAGGAUCUGCAAUGUUUAUGAAGCAA